AAUGUGAGUGAAGGUAAGAGUUCGUGGCCAGAGCUAGUAGGACAGAAAGGAGAAAUAGCAGAAGCAACAAUAGAAAGAGAGAAUCCAUUGGUGGACGCCAUAAUUGUGGACGAAGGAUCCGGCGUCAUCACUGACUUCCGAUGCGAUAGGGUUUGGGUUUGGGUGAAUUGUGAUGGCAUUGUUACUCAGAUUCCCAAGAUCGGAUAGAACAAGGCUACCUCCACCUUCUCUACUAAUAAUCUCUUCAUUGUUAUUAUCGUUAUCUAUUCUUCACUCUUCAUUAGCUCUACUCCAUGUCACGGUAAUGGAAUAAGGAGUUCAUUAUUC